AUGCGCGCAGUUCUCCAUCGGGUGACCUCCGCUCGAAUCGAGGUGGAGGGCCAGAAGGUGGCGGAAAUAGGUCCGGGUUUGCUGGUGCUGCUCGGAUUGCAGGAGGGUGACACUGAAGAUGAUAGCCAACAGAUACGCGAGUCAAUCCUCUCCAUUCCAAUGUGGCCAGGAGAGAAAGGAGAUGCAACGAUCCGACUCAAUGUAGUUGAAAAGGGUUUGGACCUACUUGUUGUUAGUCAGUUCACCCUUUUUGGUCAGGCGAAGGGAACACGGCUCAAUUUCCAUGCAGCCAUGGCACAGGACAAGGCAGAGCCAGUCUAUCGCCACUUCCUCUGCAAGCUGGAUGGUAUGUUCGGCAUCAAGAGAAUGGUGAGCCUCACAGCCCUUGCAUUCUCGUUUUCAUAG